AUGUGCAACAACUACAACAAGUAUUUGGGGCUUCCCACAAUUAUCGGAAGAUCAAAGUACAAAUCUUUUAGAGAACUGAAAGAGAAGAUAUGGAAGAGAAUUUGUAGUUGGAAAACUAGUUUCCUCUCCACUGCAGGUAAAGAAAUUCUGAUCAAGAGUGUUUUGCAGGCGAUACCAGCGUACACGAUGAGUGUUUUCAAGUUACCUGGCACCUUAGUUGAAGAAAUAGAAGCCUUGUUAGCUCGCUUCUGGUGGAGACAUGGAAACUUAGAGAAAGGAAUUCACUGGAGAAGCUGGGAUAAAUUGGGAAGGGCAAAAGGAAGGGGAGGAAUGGGGUUUAGGGACCUUGGCAGCUUUAAUAGAGCUUUGCUUGCCAAGCAAGGGUGGCGUUUUAUAAAGGAUCCCAACUCGUUGGCGUCUAGGAUCUUCAAAGAAAAGUAUUUUCAAAACAGUGGGCUACUGGAGGCGAAGCUGGGGUCGGGGCCAUCAUUCGUAUGGAGGAGCAUCUGGUCAAGCCUCGAUCUAGUGAAAGGUGGUCUGGUUUGGAGGGUGGGUAACGGGGAGAGUAUUAAAAUCUAG